AUGGGAUGUGCUCCAUCCGGUCAUCAGGAAAACGCUCGAAGUCUCGAUGAGCGUUUCGCUGCUCCGCCACCGUUGAACGUGAAGAUAGGCACCGGUGUUAUGCGCGGUGACGGUCUACAACAUCACAUAAUUUUCAUUUUCGGCAAGUCUUCAUUUCCAUUUGCUUCGAGGACGAAGCUGCUAAUUUCAGGUGGUCCUGGUUCCCAAAAAGGAUUGGUGAUCGAAGAGUUGAUACAUCGAUUCGGCUUUAUGGCAAUCACCGUCGAAGAGAUCAUUUUCAGUUAUUUACCUAGCAAAGUUGCCAAUACUGUUGAGACGAC